GUAAGUCACGCAAAGGCUCUCGAUCCGUCUCUCUUGUCGUCUUGAAAAGAAAGAGAGAAUCUUUACAGAGGAGAAUCCAACUCUUGCGGUGCGGGGAGGAGAAAGAUCGCUUUUUACCAGAAUCCCGAUGAAGCUCAACAGGUUCUGCGUCGCCUUGGCGCUUGUGGCGGCGGUCCUGUGCGCGUCGAGCGAGGUGGGUCUGUGCGGAGAAGGCCAGAUCAUAAGGAUGAAGCCCGGCGGGGUCCACAACUGCAAGGGUAGCCAGAACAGCGCCCAGAUCGAGGGCCUUGCUCGUUUCGCUGUCGAGGAGCACAAUAAAAAUGAGAAUGCGCUUCUCGAGUUUGCUCGUGUGUUGAAGGCCAAAGAGCAGGUAGUUGCCGGGACUUUGUACCAUCUUACCCUUGAGGCUGUUGAUGCCGGCAAGAAGAAGAUCUAUGAAGCGAAAGUGUGGGUGAAGCCGUGGAUGAACUUCAAGCAGCUGCAGGAGUUCAAGUAUGCUGAGGACGUGCCUGCCUCCAAGGCUUCUGGCCUCGGCGUUAAGCGAGGUCACUGAGUUCUGCCAGAUCUCAGUUGCUUCCGAAGGUGGGGAGGGGGAAGCAAGGAGAAAGACUAGACGUUAUCUAUAUCAAUGGGUGGAGUGGAUCCACUCCCUGUUAGAAUAAUUACGAGGUAUGUGUUAAAAGAAUUUGUGGACGCGUAUAGUAAAUUGAGUCCAUAUGCAGAAGAGCACCGUCUAGCUCUUUGAUGUAUGAGAAAUCACGUCAAAUUCCGGAAAACAGUACCCUAUUCAGCGACUAUGUACAUAUAAAGUUAAUACUUUGUAUGAUCUUGCAUCUAUAGUUUGUUUAUA